CAACGCCUUGCCAACCAAGCGAAUGGAGCUCUAGACAUCGCAUCGCCGCAUCCGGCUGCGCCGCGAUGGACGCAUCGAACGGAGCCCCCGAGCGGGCGCCCAAGUCGGUGCCCUCUGUGCGCUCGGUCGUCUUUGAGUCGCGCUUCCGGCGAUCCAUUCGGCUGGAAGCCACGCGGCGUGCCUUGCAGGGACAAUGGAUCAGGCAGGCGGCGGUUUGGUUGUGCUCCUUUUCAGAGAUCCUGGCAGUUGCUUCUGUGCCGGGAGUGCAUUUGAUCACCAAUCCAUGGUUCACGAUGGCAGCUCUCUUCCUGAUGUUUUUACUCGCUUGCUGGAGAGCUGGGAGUGUAUUGGAUGUCUUUUUCCAGCCAGCCCACUUGCUGCGCCCAAGAAUUACUCCAGGUUUGGAUUAGGGGAGAGCCAGUCCUCCUGUCGUACCUUCUACUCCCUCUCGAUGCUGCUUCGCGUCACUUGUGCAGCGGUGCUGGCCAGCCGUUUCCUCACGUACGUCUAUGGUCAAAGCGACUGGCAUCUUUGCUCGGCCUUCUGGUAUCCCUGGGCAGAGUAUAAAUCGAGUGAGCUGGAAAAGGAUCUGGUACUUUGCAGAGCAUUUCCGGACUUUAGCAGCUGGUGCCCUACCAUCCUGGGUUUUGGGCAGCGCUGUCACGAUCCGGUACGUUGGUCUACACAGCUGCGGAGCUAUGCUUUCAACGAACUGGGCCUGGAGUGCAACAGCAGCCAGACAGCUGAUCUAGCAGCCCUGGCAUCAGUCAGUGAGGACCUGUAUGGCUUUCAUUGUGAGAGUCUCAAUGGGAGUGAAGUGGAGUGUUACCCUUACCCAUUGCCAGACUUCACAUUGCUACAAGAGGAUCUCAUCAUCUAUACCGAUCCUGUGGAGACUUCGCUUGAAGUCUGCAAGUCCUGGCCCCCAGUGAAUGUUUUCUACGAGUGCCAGAUGUUUUGGGACGAGGUCAGCGAGUGCUCGAGGAUCUCCCAAACACCGUUGCGCACUGCUUUGGAGUCGGUGGUCUCAAAGUUCUGUGAGCUACAACGCUGCAAGUCCACUUUGCCUCAAUGGCUUAAAGCUCCGUUAAACGAGGAGGAACUCUUCUUUUUUUGCCAAUGCCAGCACUGCACGCCUUGGCACAGGUCGAACGAGUGCAUCGUGGAGGUCCUGGAUCAAGCGAUGCGGCGGGCCGCUGGCUUUCAAUUUCUGGCGGAGAUUGAGGUCGGGCCAGUCCUAAGAAAGAAUACAAACAUCACGCAAGCCUCAGCUAGCUGGAGUCACUCUUGCUUUAGCAAGCAAUUGAGAGGGUGGACAGCAGCCUCAAAGACCUCAAAUCCUUGAAUCAUUCAAUGUUAUGGUCAUGGACGACCCCCCCCUUCCGGGGGUUCAACUCGCACUGUUGGCGUCUCUGGAGGCUAUACCAUGAGGCCACAUUGCAUGGCAGCACUUUAACAAAAUAUAGUUCUCUCCAUCACUUUAACACAAUAUAAAUCUACCCUCAUCAUGCCUGGCUGGAAAAGAGCUCAUGCCUCUCAAUCAAUGCCAACCCACAUGAUCUCAUGAUCCUGAUGGGACCCAGCCCUUGUGGCGUCAUACCCCUCAUCUUGGCCUUCCUCAUGUGCAUGGGGCAAGGCAUGACAAGGCUCACCGCC